AUGGAGCAAAGGACAGGGGUGCAGGUGUGCAAGGAACAGGGCGCAGGUGUGCAAGGAACAGGGCGCAGCAACAACAUGCUGUACCCCAAGGAGGACAAGGAGAACCGGAUCCUGCUCUAUGCCUGCCGCAACUGUGACUACCAGCAAGAGGCCGACAACAGCUGCAUCUACGUCAACAAGAUCACCCACGAAGUGGACGAGCUCACGCAGAUCAUCGCCGAUGUCUCCCAGGACCCCACGCUGCCCCGCACUGAGGACCACCCCUGCCAGAAAUGCGGGCACAAGGAGGCCGUCUUCUUCCAGUCGCACAGUGCCAGAGCCGAGGACGCCAUGAGGCUCUACUACGUCUGCACUGCCCCACACUGCGGCCACCGCUGGACUGAGUGACUGCGCCUAGAGACACUCUCAGCCCCCAAAACUGCCCCAGAUGGUGGCCAUCGCCCCAAACCCUCCCCUGUGCCCCCCAACCCCGGCUCUGUCCCCCCCUGUACCCGCCAGGGUGGCAUU